AUGGCUUCUCACAAAGCUGCUUUGUUAUCUUCAGUAUUGCUAGUUUCUCUCUUCGUUACCUUCACAGAAGCUAGAGAAUUCGUGGUUGGAGGCAAAAAUAAUUCAUGGAAAAUCCCUUCCUCUGAAUCCGAUUCUCUCAAUAAAUGGGCUGAGGCUUCACGUUUCCGAGUUGGAGACACCCUAGUGUGGACUUAUGAUCCCAAAAAGGACUCGGUGCUUCAAGUGACUAAAAAGGACUAUGAAACCUGCAAUACAUCAAGUCCACUGGCUACAUACAAGGAUGGUAACACAAAGGUGAAGCUUGAUAAGUCAGGGCCAUACUACUUCAUAAGUGGAGCUGAUGGGCAUUGUAAGCAGGGACAAAAGUUAAUUAUUGUGGUUAUGUCUAAGAGAAGCCAGUCAAUGGGCAUUUCUCCUGCACCUUCUCCGGUUGAAUUUGGAGGUCCUGCAGUGGCUCCAACUAGCACUGGUGGUGUGACUUUGAGGGGUGGUUUGGGUUUGAUUUUUGGGGUCUUGACAGGAAUGAUUCUGUUCUGA